CCCCUCCCGCCACCGUAUAUGCAGACAAGACGGCCCAGACAGAACACAGGAUACACCUUCGCUCUACACGGAAGAUUAAAGAACACUGCACUCUGAAUUAAGACGGAAAACAGGAAAAACAAGCAGACAUCAUAAUGGGUGCAGGUGAAAAGAAAUGGUUAAAUCUGCUAGUUGGUGAGGCAGGAUCCACUGGCUGCCCAGAGAGUGUAGUCAAACCACUCAGUCAUUCAAUCUCAGUCGAACAGCAUUGCAGUCACAUCAAGAAUGGAAGCCCUGGUGAAGACUGUCCAGGCAACACCAUCUCAACUGGGAAUAAAAACCGAGGCAUUCUGCCAGACACCACAGCGCCCGUGUCCUCGAGAAUGCAAGAGCUGUUGGAGGGUCUGAACGAGCCUGGCGACUGUGGCAACCCCAUAGAGCCCCCCUCCUGGUUAGACAGACAGCUGUUCAACCGAGGGAGAGAUUUCUACCACCGCUAUUUAUUUUGCAUGAGUUUCUCUGAAGUUUUGGCGCUCGUGUUUAUGCUGAGCAUGAUGCGGGCGCUUCGGCCCCUCAUGUACACUGGCCGCUCGGACUCCCCGCGGAAAGCUCUUCGGCGAUAUUUCUCGACCUUCCAGCACGUGACCGCCUGGCACGAGGGGGAUGUGUGGGACCCCGCCGAUCGUGCCCACAAGGACCUGCUGUCGGUGCGAGCCAUACACAACAGGCUGUCCGGCGUGUUCAAUUCCUCGAAGGAGCACGACAGGGUGUGGAAUACAAAGAUCCAGGACAAAGGCCACGAGGAACCUGCUUGCCCCUUUUACCACACCAUCCGCGAGGACCUAAAGGAUCAGGCAGGAGACGGGCUCCCGCUCGAGGGUCCAGACAACCCUCCCUUCUUCAUCAGCCAGUGGGACAUGAGUCUGACCCAGUACCAGUUCAUGGGGCUGGUGGUGGCCCACCCGCACAAGAUGGGCGCCGGAGCAGCCACAGACGAGGACCUGGAGGGCCUUGUCCACUUCUGGCGAGGGCUGGGCUGGCUUCUCGGGGUAGAUGACAAGUACAACUUCUGCCGAGGGUCCUUGGCGGAAGUGCGCUCGCUGUGCCUGGAGGUCGAAAGACUAGUUGGCAUCCCAGCGCUGGCGAAGGCAGACUGGAACUACGAGCACAUGACUCUCUCCCUCGUCACGGGGUUGAGCCACCUCAUGCACACGCUCUCGUUCGAAGCAGGCUUUCGUUAUGUGGCCUAUACUCUCGACCUCGACAUUCCAAACUUCAUCAACCGAAUGUCCUUCAUUGGCAGUGUCAAGUACUGGCUUAUGCGUUCUGCUAUUGGUCUCCUGUAUUACUUUCCUGGAUUAGUCUUUCGCCUCAGUGAUAUGCUGAGGGCAAAGACAGCAGACUUCAAGAAUCGUCUUUCAACAAAAGGGUGAACGGAAGUGGUAGCAAAGCAGGAAAUCUUUUAUCCAGUAACGAUGCCCUACAAUUAUUGAUAUAAUUUAAUAAUAAUUUAACAUAAUUCUUUAGGCUAAAAGUUGUGGCUGAGGAACUGAUUUUAGAAUGAGCACAACUUGCAGUGUAAUAUUUUGACAUGGGCCAAAUAGUCCAGACAUCUGUCAUUGUAGGUUUGAAUUUAGUGAAAUUGUUUCAAGGUUGUUACUAAUUGGCCAUGUCUGUCGUUAUUAACCAAUAAAAAAUAAAGAAAGGCACAACGAAUGGUAAGCAUGUAAGACAAUAGAAGUUGAAAGUGGCAGCCAUGUGAUAGAAAUCCUGUCGUCUCUUAGUAGAUGUCACUUAGCAACUCCUCACAAUGCUAUAAAAGAUACACUUUUGACCUUUAAUCCAUGUAUUUAGUAGGACCAUGAUUUAAAAUUAGCAAUGAUAAAUUAAAGCAGAAUUGUACAAUUUAUGUCAUAUCAGUCAUUUUCAGUAUUGAAAGUACAAAUGAUUAAGAGAGUGAAUAUACUCGAUAUCAUUAAAUCUCUAUUACACUAAAUAUCAAAUCAAACCUUGACAUGCAGCCUUUCAUUGCCAUAAUUUUUUAGUCAAAAUGUUUACAGUUCAUUUUUCAUUUACCAUUUACUACAUAGGCUUACACACUACCUGUAAGAAAUUUUCCAUAAUAAAUAUCACUUAUGCUGUACACUUCAUUCCAUGUUAAGAACAAGAACACCACUGUAUACAUUAUGCGUCUACAUUACCUGGAUCAUUAGGCAUAUCAUAAAACCUGUUUAUUCUAAAUAGAAAUCUCUUGAACA